AAAUAAAAAAAAACCCCUUAUUCUCACCCCCUCUCUUCCACAAAGCACACACACAGAAAGAAAAAAACUCCCAAAUUAUUACUCCUUUUUUUUUAACUCUCUUUAAUUUGAAAUUAGGGUUUUUAUAGAGUGUGAGAACUGAUUAUUUAUUGUUUUUUAUUUGGUCUGUGCGUUUCAAUGCCUGCUUAUUGUUCUGUCAAAUCGUGCCGCGGAAACCCUAGACUGUGCCGGACUGCUCCGUGUUGGGGGCGCUUCAAAUUGCAAUCGCGUUAUAGAGUUUGAUUGUGUUAAGCAAGUGGGAUGGCGCCGAGUCGGAGAAGAGGUGGGGCCGGUAAAGCUGCUGCUGCUGCUGCUGCCCGCCGUCAAUGGAAGGUCGGCGAUCUCGUUCUUGCUAAAGUUAAAGGCUUCCCCGCGUGGCCUGCCACGGUUAGUGAGCCGGAGAAGUGGGGCUAUGCUCCUGAUUGGAAAAAAGUGCUUGUUUUUUUCUUUGGAACCCAGCAAAUAGCAUUCUGUAACCCGGCGGAUGUCGAAGCAUUUACGGAGGAAAAAAAACAAUCUCUUUUGGUUAAGCGUCAGGGCAGGGGUGCGGAUUUUGUACGUGCAGUGCAGGAGAUAAUUGACAGCUAUGAGAAGUCGAAGAAACCAGACCAAGUUGAUGAGCGCAAUUCUGGCGAAGAAGUCACUGUUGUAAAUGGUGGGAAUUCAACGGAGUCAUCAGCUCAAUUUGAGUUGAAGGAUCAGACAGAAACUUCUGAAGCAACUGUUUCAGAUAGAAAUGAUCCUACCCUUGCAAGUGGCAUUGUUUCAGAUUUUCCCCAAAAUGGUUCCUUGCAUGAUAAAGAUAGCUCGCUAGAGGCGCCUUCUGAUAAUGUGGCCACCAAAGCAAAGCCUAGUAUAACUACUUACACUUCAAGAAAAAGAUCCGGAGGUUUACGGUCUAGGAAGCGUGUUACACAGAAGAAUGAUUCAGAAGUCCAACAGUCUGGAAGCUUGUCACAGCUUGAGUCCUGUAGAUUCCAGAACUCCACGAUGUCUUCUAAUGAAGGUAAUAAGAGUACUGGGGUGGUUGCAUCAACGGAUGUUAUUGUAGACAGAUCAUUGCGAAGGACCAGGAGAAUCAGAAAAUCUCCUGAUGCCUCUCAACGGAACAAUGUGGAUUCAUCCGCUUUUGUCUCAGAUGGAAGCAUGAUAAAUAACGGUUCUGAAAUUGCAACAGUUGAUUCUGAUUCUAUGAGUAUGAAUGAAGGCAGCACGAUAGAUAGUGCUUCUAAACCUGAGCUCUCUGAAUCUUUAGUUGAGUGUUUGCGGGUAGAUGUUGGGUUGAGCGUGGGGCUUGAUUUUCAAAUAAAGACCGCAAGGAAGAGGAGGAAACCAAACAGAAAGCAUGCGACUGAUGAAGCAGCUGAACCACCUGCCAGAUCGGAAGCUGAUGUGAUUUUGAAUGCUGGGGUAAAUAAUAGUUGCCAAAAUUCACAAAGUCGUCAAAAUUUGAAUGAAAGGCAAAAUAAAGAAGACGGAGAUGAGCACUUGCCACUAGUGAAACGAGCUAGAGUCAGAAUGGAAAAUCUUUCGUCUUUGGAUGAACAUGCCAGCUUUUUUCAAGCUGAAGAAAAAACCUCCAAUAAAGUUUUCAUUACAGCAAGUGAAGUAAACAUCUCAUGUCAAGUUGAUGAAAGAACCUCCGAUGAAGUUGUAGUUUCUAUGUUAGAGCAGAUUGGCCCCUCAACUAAUACUACCAAUGAUUGUUUAGCCAAUGAAGACUCAUUUAGUGCGUCACCUCCAAAGGCCUGUGCACAAGAACCAGAAAAUAGGCCACAUGUAUUGAUAAUAAAGGACAACCAGUCUUUUGGCUGCUCUACGGAUGGUGAAGCAGCUUUACCCCCAACCAAGCGUCUUCAUCGUGCUCUAGAAGCCAUGUCAGCAAACGUUGCUGAAGGUCAGCCAUGUACGAUGACAUCAACCAUGAAAGUAGUAUCUAUUAAUGAUGAUUCCACUUUUUCUAUGGAUGACGCCUCCCACAUUGUUAUUGAAAGGAAAGAGAGCAAUAGUUGUGGGGAGCCCAGUACAGAUUCUGUUGGUCAUAGGGCCUCUGCGUUCUCUUCCAGCCCUAACAGAGUCUUGGAGGAAUCUAUCAUCACAUCACCAUUAGACCCAGAGAUUCUCAAUAAGCCAAUCGAAAGUGCUACUGUCCAAAGACAUAAUGAAGAUGUCCUGACAGAAACAUUGGGCCAUGACAACGUCCAAGAUCUUAGUGUAUCAUGUUUUGGAGGUCACACUGAAGAGUUGGGGGAUGUCCAGAUUGAAAAUUGUAAUAAAGAUGUCCAUAUUUCGAAGGAUUCUCUCUUGAAUUCAAGCCUUGCCUCACUUGCUGAUGAAACUACAAAAGGUGCUUCUGUAAAUGGUUUGGACAUGCUUCGGUACACUGCUGACAGCACCGGCUGUGGGAAUGCUGAGACGCUGAGGUCUCAAAAUGAUGACAACAGCCAAGUUAACGGCAUGUACCAGGAAGUAAAAGGCAUUAAUUAUGAGCAAAGACAAAGGGAAUCUUGUGUUGCUUCUUCUUUGGAUAAUCAUUUGAAUGGCGAUGUCUUGAUAGUCCGGCCAAGUUCAGUUCCACCUAAUGGAUUGGAGUCUCCUGCACAGGUUUCUCCACCUACGACUUCAGUUUGUCAUGUAUCUACGGCAGAAAGUGCUAAUUUUAUUCAGAAUAGUGGAUGUUUUAGUCCUAAUCAUUCGCAACAGAAGACAAUUGCAUGCACAUCCAUUGCUGAAGAAAAAAUUGAAUCAGUGGCACACCCUAAAUCGGUAGGAAAAUGGGGUAAUUUCUCAGAAGCACAUGCUGCAUUGUCAUCAUUUGAAGGAUUGUUGGGAUCUUUGACGAGAACAAAAGAGAGCAUUGGUCGAGCAACUCGCAUUGCCAUUGACUGUGCAAAGUUUGGUGUUUCUUCUAAGGUGGUUGAGAUUUUAGCCCGUACUCUGGAAAGUGAGUCAAGCUUGCAUAGAAGGGUGGAUCUUUUCUUCCUUGUGGAUUCCAUCGCUCAGUGCUCUCGAGGUUUGAAAGGUGAUGUUGGUGGCAUAUACCCUUCAGCUAUUCAAGCAGUAUUGCCGCGCCUACUAUCAUCUGCUGCUCCUGCUGGAAGUUUUGCACAGGAAAAUCGGAGGCAGUGUAUGAAGGUUUUAAGACUCUGGCAAGAAAGAAGGAUUCUUCCAGAGUAUGUUAUUCGCCAGCAUAUGCGGGAACUUGAUUCGCUAGGUGGCUCAUCUUCCGCAGGUGUCUAUUCUCGCCGUUCAGCAAGAACAGAGCGUCCUAUGGAUGAUCCUGUUAGAGAGAUGGAGGGUAUGCUUGUUGACGAAUACGGCAGCAACUCAAGUUUUCAGCUUCCGGGAUUUUGUAUGCCCCGCAUGCUCAAGGAUGAAGAUGAAGGAACUGAUUCUGAUGGGGAGAGUUUUGAGGCCGUCACUCCUGAACAUAAUUCUGAAACCCCAGAAGAACAUGAGAUUGUCUCUGCAAUUGAAAAGCAUACACACAUACUUGAAGAUGUUGAUGGCGAGCUUGAAAUGGAGGAUGUGGCUCCCUCUUGUGAAGUUGAAGCAAGCUCUACUGGCGGCGUUUGUGGAGUCAAUAAUGUACAGAAUUUGCAGUCUCAAUUAGAACAGCCUUUUUCAUUGCCUUUUGCCCCUCCUCUGCCUCAGGAUGUGCCACCAUCAUCCCCACCAUUACCAACAUCACCACCGCCACCACCGCCACCGCUACCGCCGCCGCCUCCUGGCAAUCACCCUUCAAGUGGAAUGCCCGAUCCUUAUGUUAAUGGAAUUGAUUCAAAGCUUUAUGCAAAUUCACAUGAAUUGCAAGAGGACUUGAGAGAAUCAGUGGCACCAGGGGUCACCUCAUCAAUGUCCAGUGGAAUGCAUUAUCAUGCUACUGAAUGUAAGGAUCAGUCGCAGAUGCAGCAUUGCGAUUCAACCAGCUCUUUCAAUAGUUACCCAGUGAAUAAUAUCCAUACCCAACAGACAGAGGGUCCUAAUUUUCAUCAUAAAGCUUAUCCUCCUAGGCCGCCACUUCAUCCUCCUCCAAGUCAGUUCUCUUACGGUCAGGCUGGUCAGCAUGUGAAGUCUCGGAGAGCAAGCCCCCCUCCUUACAACAACAGAUACAAUGGUGAUGGAGGUUACUCUUAUAAUAACCACGAGAGAAUGAGACCAGCACCCUAUGAGGAGAGCUGGAGAUAUCCUCCGCCCCACUAUCCUGGUCCAAGAUAUCCCGAGAAACCUUAUCCACCAGCUCCAUAUAGUGGCCCUCCACGAGAGCCAUCAAGAAUGUCGCAUCAAGAUUGGUCAUCGCAUCAAGAUUGGUCAUCGCAUCAAGAUUGGUCAUAUCCUCCCCACGGAAUGCAUGACAGGAAUUUCAUGUCUUAUAGACCACCUGAGAGUGCAGUUCCAGUGUCUAAUAGAGCUCGAAGCAUUUGGCGGCCAAGAUGAGUAAAUAUUGCUGCAUAGCUAGAAAUCGAAUCCAUAUAUUAUCCCGCUUCUAUAUCCGAGAGGGCCAGUCUGUAUACCUGGAUCAGUUCAUAAUGCUCUGCACGGAAUGGUCGGUCUUGUAAGGAUGAUUCAGUGAUACAGAGGGCUUUGGCGUUGAGGAUGAAGAUGUUGGUUCAUUGGAUUUUGUAUAUAUGUAUUUUAUCAACCUUGCAAAUGCAAAGGGCUGUGAUGGAGUUUGGGAAAGAGCUGUAACAUUAACUCAAGGCUGUCUAAUGUAUCAAAAUUUUCAUUUUUCUUUUUUGUUCUUAAUCUUAGUACAUUAUUAUUGGUUGGAAGGUCUCUUAGGAAUUCUAUUUAAAUGUUGGUAGGGCGAAUUGUUACAUACUUGUUAGCUGUUGCUUAAAAUAGUUGCUCCUUUUGGUGCCUGUAAACAAUUUUUACUUCAGUCUAUAGUGGAAGAUUUCCGUGGCUCA